AGAGACAUGUUGAACACUCAGCCAGACAGAUAUAGCAGCAGCUGGAGACACUGAGUGUUACUCUCCUCUGCCGUCGCUCGGUCAAACAGCUUCUGGAUAACGGCGACGCUCCGUCAGGUGCACGUACUGUACAGCCAGCAUGGAGAUUUCACUUGAAGAUGGUGGUGGCAGCUCGUCGCCCAACGUAGAGUACAAGGGUGCCCACCAGGCAUUUAGGGACCGCUGGAAAGAGACAGACGAUUCCAUGUGUCGCCACAGCAUGUCCUUUCACCUGCAGCACGCGCUGAGGAGCGAGUUCUUCGCCAGCUACCUGUACCUGAUUGAGUUGAUGCCCGUGGUGAAGCUGUUUCCCGUCACCUGUGAGUACAUCAAAGGAGAGAAACAGUUUUACUACAGAGCUCAGCAGUUCUACGAGGACGUCCCCGCCUCGGAAGAGGGCAUGCUGGGAGACUUUGUGGAGAUAGGCAACGUCGAUCUGGAGGGUUCCCGGCAGUUUCUGAAGAGGUUUGUGGGUCCUGGUAAGGCGGGCACACACUGCGCCCUGGACUGUGGCUCCGGGAUCGGCCGCGUAUCCAAAGGUGUCCUCCUUCCUGUGUUUGAGAAAAUGGAGUUGGCUGACAUGAUGGAGCACUUCCUGCUCUACGCACACGAGGAGUACCUCGGCGACGACGCCGACCGCAUCAACACGUAUUACUGCUACAACCUGCAGGAGUUCACGCCUCCGAAAAACAAGUACGACGUCAUCUGGAUGCAGUGGGUGGCAUGCCACCUAACAGACAAGGAUCUGAUGAACUUCCUGAUGCGCUGUAAGAAGAGUCUCCGUCCAAACGGCGUGAUCAUAAUAAAGGACAAUAUGGCGCGGCAGGGCUGCAAGCUGGACCCCAUCGACAGCAGCAUCAGCCGCCACCUGGACAUCAUGAAGUGCAUCAUCGCCAAGGCGGGCCUGGAGGUCCUGGCUGUGGAGAAGCAGGAAGGCUUCCCAGAGAUCAUCAUGCCCGUCUGGAUGAUUGCCAUGAAAUAGAAGUGACAUCUACCGUACCAAAAAAAAAGAUUGUUGUUGCUCCAUUCGGAUAAAAAAUCCAACCUAAAGCGGAAUUCACGUGUAAUCCGUCUUUUGUUUAAGUCUAGAUUUGUGAUCAAGUCUCUGAAAACUGCAACAACACCGCAAGUUCACGAUGUCAUCAGGAGAUAAAUCCUGAAAACGGCCAUGUGGAUGGCGUGACGGCACCCGGGGAGAUUUUAUCCUUUUUUCUGCUCAGCACAGAAAUGAAUUAAAGCUUUACCUUCUACAGAAGCACUCUGCACGUCCACAAAGCCAGACUGUAAUUUAUAGUCAGCCGACCGCCAGUGUAACUGUGGGCGAAUCUUGUUCCUGAACCGAAGGAUCUUUGGACUAGCCCGUGGAUUCAGAUGGUUUCUCCUCUGAGUGAGAAAUCCAACAUGUGGCAGCACAAGUACAACAUAUCACCAUUAAUAGAGAGGCAAAGUCCCUCCCCUUCCGGUGGACCGCCAUGGGACAUUAUUUCAGACAAAAUAUGUACCGUAGUGAAUGAUCCCUUUUGAAUUCAGCCAUGGAUUACACAAAAAAUGUUUAUCAAUUUAAAAGAUAAUC